AUGAAUACUCCCCUCCACGCAACCGCCACAGGCUGGCUUCUAAUCUCCCUCGGACAUACGAUCUCCGCCAAAGAAUGGCAAUCAACUCCCCAGUUCCGCGCCCUGCCUAAUCUCUCCUACACGUGUGGAAAAGUAGGCUGGUAUCAAGGGAGUGCGUUCUUUCUUAUGACUGCAUUGAUUAAUUAUAACUGGGCGCAGAACCCAACCCUCUUGGACCAGCCAAUCAACAAGGCUAUCGCAGCGUUGAUGACGGCGAUUGUGUGGGCUAGCUCGGGGUGGUAUUUGAAACGGGGAGUCAUGGGGAAUGGCGUCGUGGUUGCGUUGAUGGGUGCGUUGCAGGCUUGGGCGGCCUUUCGGGAUUGA